UCCAUGGCGACGCGUAAACAAAUGGCGGCGGCCAGGCCUGAGCGGGGACGGGGCUGACAGCGGAGUUUUCUCCAUCUCCUCCCUCUUGAUGGCGGGCAGCGAGGAGAGAAGGAGAUCAGGCAGCCUCGGGGAGCCGCUUCCCCCUUCUCACGAGCUGCCCCUCGCACUGGGGCUCCCCGAGGAGCUCGGCCCGCCUCACCGCGAGCAUGAGGAGGAGCACGGCGAAGAGGCAGAGUCGGAGCGCUCCGAGGGGGUGUUGGAUGAAGACACUGCUGCUGAAGGACUCCACACCUUGGGCUGCUCAGCCCCUGGGACUGAAUAUGUUUAUCUUCAUCUCUCACUUCCAGGUCGUGGGUUGAGUGACAUCAGCAUUCUCUCUGGAUACACCCACCUGCAGAAAAUGGAGCUUUCCUCCAAUAAAAUUAAUGAUCUUUCCUGUAUCAGUCACAUGCCUUAUCUACUAGAGCUGAAUGCUUCCAAAAACCAGCUGACCACAUGCUUCAAUUUUAAAGCCCCUAAAAACCUCAGGGAAGCAGAUUUUUCAUACAAUCAAAUCCCCAAAAUGCAAGAUUUGUCAGCAUACCACUCACUUACCAAACUCCUGCUGGAUUUUAAUGAGAUUGAGGAGAUCAGAGGGCUGGAGAAGUGUCACAGCCUGACCCAGCUGGGAUUGUCACACAACAAACUCACUGCCAUCAGGGGCCUGCAGAAUUUACCCAUCAAAAUCCUCAACCUGAGCUUUAAUCAGAUUGAGAAGGUGAAUGGGCUGAAGAACUUGAAAAAACUGCAGAGGGUAGAUCUGUCCAACAAUAAAAUAAACAGUCUGCAAGGCUUGGAGGAACAUGAUCUACUGGAGUUCAUCAACCUGGAGGAAAACCAGGUGGCUGAGCUGAGUGAGCUUAAAUGGAUUGAAGGUCUGCCUCUCCUCAGGGUUUUAAAUCUUCUAAAAAACCCUCUACAGGAAAAAGAUGAUUAUUGGCUCACAGCGAUUUUCACAUUGCUCCAAGUCACAGAACUGGAUCUCAAGAAGGUUUCAGUGGAAGAAAAGGUUGCUGCAGUGAAUAAUCAGGACCCUCCUCCAGAAGUUGUGGCUGCUGAGGAUCACAGGAUUCAUGUUUUGCACAACAUUCAGCAUCCCCAGACAGUCCUGCACAGCACUUUGCCUGGUGCUGAUGAAGAUUACCCCAUGCUGGUGUUACUGGGGCCUCUGGCUUGUGGGAAGAGGCAACUUUCCCUCAAAAUCUGCAGAAACUUCAAGGAUUCCUUCAGAUUUGGGCCCUGCCACACCACCAGGACAGCUUAUUUUGGGGAAGAGAACAGACUGGAUUAUUAUUUCAUUUCUCAAGGAGCAUUUGAUGAAAUGGUGACAGCAGGGAAUUUUCUGCUAACCUACAAAUACAGUGGCCACAGCUAUGGACUGGCAAGAGGCACAGUGGAAUCCAUAGCCAGGGAGGGGCUGGCUACUUGUGUCCACCUGGAAAUAGAGGGUGUCCGUAGCUUGAAAAAUACUCACUUUAAACCCAGGUACAUCCUGCUGGUCCCAGAGGACAAAAAAAAAUAUGAGGAACAUCUGAGGAGAACAGGAUUGUUCAGCAGGGCAGAAAUUGAAGAGGCAGUGGCCAGAGUGGACAUGUACCUGCAAAUAAAUCAAGAUUUUCCUGAAUAUUUCCAUGCAGUCAUCAACACAGAUGAUCUGGACGAGGCAUUCUCAGAGCUGAGUCACCUUGUGAAGUCCUACCUGGGCUUGGAGCCUCCUGAGCCUUUGGACACCCAAGAGACCGAGAGCAGGGCAGGCUCCAGAACUCAGCUGUUCCCAGAGGAAGAACCAUCCCCAGAAGAAGUCAGUGACUCCUUGGAACCAACUUUUUCCAGAAGUUAUCCCAGAGACCUCCAGGAUGUGCUGAGUGCACCACCAGGAUCUGUGGAAGAAGCUUCUCUCCGAAGACGUUUUUCUGCAGCACGUCAGGUGCUUCUUUUCCACAGGCACAGGGACUCCAUUCCUGAAUUUAUGAGCUCCCUUCAGCAGCCCCUGAAGCCAAUGGCACCUCUGUCCCCUGAUGUCUGGAGUGUCCCCCAGGAGCAGAGCCUGACCCAGAAGCCCAGCCCCGUGGUGCCCCGGGAAGAGCCAGUGCCCCCCUGCUGCCCUCCUGCCCCUCCUGUGCCCAUCAUCCAGCUGCGCUCCACCUACUGCCCCGCGGCCACCAUGUCCGGGCCCCACUCCGGCCGCCACCCCUUUAGGGAAUUUGGGUGUAUCAGAGGAGACAUUUUUGUCCCAGCUGAUGCAGGCCUUGCUGAAGGUCUGCAGAUCCAGAUGCCCAUUCCCCAGAGGCACUUCCCUGGAGAAAUUGAAGUUGAGCCAGGAGGAGCUGGAACAGAAGUGGACAUGUCCACAGAGACUGAAGUGCCUGGUGAGGAUUUCCAGAGAAAAUCCAGCAAGGCUUUGGGUUCUUCUCCUGUGCCUGGUGAGAAUAUCCAGAGAAAAUCCAGCAAGGCUUUGGGUUCUUCUCCUGUGCCUGGUGAGAAUUUCCAGAGAAAAUCCAGCAAGGCCUUGGGUUCUUCUCCUGUGCCUGGUGAGAACUUCCAGAGAAAAUCCAGCAACUUCUUGGGUUCUUCUCCUGUGCCUGGUGAGAACCUCCUGAGAAAAUCCAGCAAGGCCUUGGGUUCUUCUCCUGUGCCUGGUGAGAACUUCCAGAGGAAAUUCAGCACAGCCAAGCUGGGCUCUUCUCCCAAGCUGGGCUCUUCUCCCAAGCUGGGCUCUUCUCCCCAUUUGGGUUCUUCUCCCAAGUUGGGUUCUUCUCCUGUGGCUGCUGAGAACUUCCAGAGGAAAUCCAGCAACUUCUUGGGUUCUCCUCCCAAGUUGGGUUCUUCUCCCAAGGCCAAGUUGGGCUCUUCUCCUGUGCCUGGUGAGAAUUUCCAGAGGAAAUCCAGCAAGGUCUUGGGUUCUUCUCCCAAGCUGGGUUCUUCUCCUGUGCCUCAGCUCCAGUCCCAGCCAGGCUCCCACUCCAAACCUGUGCUGCCUCCAAUCCCACCUGGAUGGACAAACACCAGCCCCUAAUGGCCACUUCCAUCUCCAUUUUUUGUCACACUCACUCUUUCUAACCUUGCUUUUCAUCUCUUUCUCUUCAAAAUCUAUCCAAAUAUUAUUGCUGAAUGCAUUUCUGAUUAACUCACUCUCAAAAAAAAAUAAAAUAUUUAUUUAUAACUUUAUUAAAAAGUAAUUUCUGUAUUUCCCAAAGCCAGAAAUUAUUUCCCUGGGCACUUUCAGCUGGGAAAUGGUUGAGAUUUUUUCCUACCCAUGGAAUUGUAUCUUCCAUUAAUUUCUCUCUUUCUUCCCCUUCCUAUAGAUUUAAUUGAGGUGUGGAAACACCAGGGCUUCUGAUAAUAUUGUUUGUACUGUAGGACUGGUGAAUUAUUAAGAAGAGUGAUUUUGUGAAAUGCUCAGAGGGAAAUUGGGAGUGACAAGCAGUCCUGAGUUAGGGGAUUUUUAAAAAUAAAAUGUGGUCAAAGUCACAAAUUAUUUGAUUUGCAAGUGGAUUUAAACAACCUCAGCAAAAAUGAGAAGUGUUGAGAGCCAGCUGAAGGGGUAAGAGGUGAGUGAAAAUUAAAAAACUCCUGAAUUAAUGUUUGUCCCAAUUAAUUUUUGUUGCCUUUUGUUUCCAGAGCCCUUUUGCCUCAGCAGGUUCCUCCUCUGAGCCCUUUCCCUGCACAGAAAAUGGAAUUUUGUCCCAGUCUUGAGCCAUGGAAGAGCCCAAAGUGUCCCUUGUGGCCAAGGGGUUUUGUUGAUGAAAUUGGAUGAAUUGCACCAAGCUCAGGGUGAAUAACUCAAAUUAACUAAAGUUUUUUAGGAAGCAUUUUCCAUGGAUCAGCAGCUCUUCCAAGGCUCCAGAUUUCCAUGGUGGAUUUUGGCAGAACAAGAAGUGAUUCCACAGCACUGGGCACAGGGAGCUCAGAGCCAAAACUGCAAAAUUUGGGUUUUGUUAUUUUUCUUUGGCCAUGGCAGUUCAGUGAGGUGCUGGACUGAAAAAUCCCCCAGAAUCCUGCAGCAAACCA